GUUAGCUUCUACAUAAACUCAUAUAUUAACUCCUUUCCCGGAGCUAUAGAUUAAACAAUGUCUGCCAGAAGUUAAGGCAUCACAUCCUCCCAAGCGUUCCUCGAGGUCCUCUGUAAAGCCGCUUAAUAGUGGGAAAAUAGCGAAGUAUGGUUGUUAACGGCCCCAAACUCGUCUGUCUUACUUCCCUUAUGACUUUAGGGGUUGCGGCACCUAAUCCAGCUCCAACCGCUAAUGCGAGCACUGGAAUUUUCUCUUGGCCAGCCUACCCAGAACUUCAAUAUGCUACAGCACUCCCAAGACUAAAUUCUACGGCGACGUAUGCACGUCCCUAUUCAGAUCUCUCGUCGCUAGCUGGGUCCCAACAAACAACUACAUGGGCAAACAUAGCAACCCCGACAGACACCGGCGAAAAAUUCGGCAAUGCUGCAUGGUCGUCAUUAUGGGCGACUUUUUCAGUAGAUGCCCCACCUAUCACCACAACGGUGUCUCCCACUCCAGUGCCAAGCUCGGAGCUCGUAAAACCCACACCUCUUCCAUUCGUGGUAGGAAAGGGGGAAACGGAUGAUUACCAAUUCCCUAGUGAUUUCCAAUGGGGAUUUACCGGUUCCGCAGUGCAGGUGGAGGGUGCGGUUAAGAGUGAAGGCCGGGGGCCAACUGUUCUGGACCGUAUGAUCGGUCGCGGUCCGGCAGGAGUUCCCGGUGCUGGUCCUCCAGACGUUUCUGCCUUGAACUACUACCUAUACAAACAAGACAUCGCUCGACUUGCGGCAAUAGGGGUUAAGUCCUAUGGACUUAGUAUCUCUUGGUCAAGAAUCUUGCCUUUUGGCGUUGCUGGUUCUCCUGUAAAUCAGGAGGCUAUUGACCAUUACGACGAUCUAAUCAAUACGGUCCUAGAGUUCGGAAUGACGCCGAUUGUGACUCUAAAUCACCUUGACACCCCGCUAUACUUCAUGACGAGUACGAGUUGGCAGGGAUACGACCACCCGGAGUUUGUCGAUGGGUUUGUCAACUAUGCUAAAAUCGUUCUGACACAUUACGCCGACCGCGUUGGUACCUGGGUCACCUUCAACGAGCCAACUAACGAUGCAGCGAUAUUCAAAAAUUGGGCCUCGAGCUACAAUGUACUAAUGGCUCACGCGAAGACGGUGCACUUUUAUCGCGAUGAGAUAAAAGGAACCGGCAAGUGGAGUUUCAAACUAUCGGUCGCCUCGGGAUUCCCGUUACCUCUUGAUCCAGGGAAUCCGGAUGAUGUAGCGUCAAGUCAGAGGUCGCUUGACUUCUCUAUCGGUUACUUGACGAACCCGAUCUACCUAGGAACACAGAUCCCCUCUAGCGUGCUAGAGACGCUAGGUGACAAGGCACCCCGCUACACAGACGAGGAACUACAGUAUGCCGGGGGUACAGUCGAUUACCUAGGCGUUGAUAUUUAUGCCGCUAUAUACGCUACAACAUUAACCGAUGGCACUGAAACUUGCCUGUCGAAUAGCUCUCACCCAGCCUAUCCUUCGUGCACCAACACCACUACGAUCCGUGCCGGUUGGCAGAUUGGUGCAGAAAGCAAUGCAGCACCUUUUACUUUCUACCAACAUGCUCGCACCAUGUUCAAAUAUCUCGACACCACCUAUCCAACAGAAGAAGGCAUCUUCCUCGCAGAAUUCGGUUGGCCUGGAUUUGAAGAAGCCGCCAUGUCCACAGAACAAGCACGCGCCGAUAUGACAUCCACUUUAUUCUCUCAGCCGAUUUACAAUGAGAUUCUUAAGAGUAUACAUGAAGAUGAAGUCAAGUUCAAAGGAGCACUGGGUUGGGCAUAUCUUGACAAUUGGGAAUUCGGUUCGUAUGCUGCGCGUUAUGGCGUUCAGACUGUUAACAAUGUGACGUUGGAACGAUCUUAUAAACGCUCUAUUUUUGAUAUUGUUGAUUUUGUCAGCUCCCAUACGGGCAAUUGAAGGCAGAUAUGAAGAAGUUUUUAACUGGGCGAAAGACUGGUUUGAGUUGAACCACUUUAAUAUCUUUCGAAACAUAAACCCAAUUAGUAUUAAUUUGAGGUAUUAAUCAUAUUUAUUCCGUACUUCG